AUGUCCAUUGAAACUGCCAAAAAAUUGGCAGCAUAUAGAGCUGUUGAUGAGAACUUACCACCGCAUGCAAAAGUCAUUGGCAUUGGAUCUGGGUCCACUGUUGUUUACGUUGCUGAACGUAUAGGACAAUUGCCCAAUAAGGAUGAGUUUGUAUGUGUGUCGACUGGGUUUCAGUCAAAGGCGCUCAUUAUUGAUAAUGGGUUACAUUUGGGCCAGAUUGAGCAAUAUCCAUCACUCGAUAUUGCUUUUGAUGGUGCUGACGAGGUUGACGCAGACUUGAACUUGAUUAAGGGUGGCGGGGCUUGUUUGUUUCAAGAGAAGUUGGUGGCCGCUGCUGCCAAGACAUUGAUUAUUGUUGCUGAUUAUAGAAAGCAGUCCAAGAAGUUGGGAGAGCACUGGCAUCAGGGUGUUCCUAUCGAAGUUGUUCCUAUUGCAUUUACGAAAUUGAUUGGUGACAUUACGAGGUUGGGUGCAAAGACUGUCAAUUUGAGACAAGGAGGUAAAGCCAAGGCCGGACCGGUGAUUACCGAUAACAACAACUUCAUCUUGGAUGCUGAUUUUGGUGAGAUUGACAAUCCCAUUGAGUUGCAUCAACAAUUGAAGCAACUUGUUGGUGUUGUUGAGACGGGGAUCUUUUCCGCCAUUGCUGAGAAAGUGUAUUUCGGUGAAGAGUCUGGGGAGGUUACUACAUGGGCAAGGGAUAUAGAACAAAAGUAA